GAUAACAGAAUCCGCUAGCGCGUGGUCAUGAGAGCAAUAGUUAGUUGUGAAUUACACCGCGUUGCUAUUGGACGCUAAGUUGGUUCCAUUAGCAUAGUUGUUGCGAGUUGUUGCGAUGGCGUUGCCUGACCGUCACUUGUUUUUGAGCAAACGUCUAGUCACUGAUAGCGGAGUGUCAGAUGGCGGAGUUCUGGUCGACGAGCGCGGGACCAUCGAACAAAUUGUCACUAGGGAACAGGCAGAUAAAAUUGUUGCUGAUAGCGAUGGGAAAAUUAAGGUCGUGGAUGGUGGGGAGCUGGCGCUGCUGGCUGGUGUAGUGGACUCUCAUGUCCACGUCAACGAGCCAGGUCGCACAGCUUGGGAAGGGUUCCGUACCGCCACCAGCGCAGCUGCUGCCGGCGGCAUCACCACUAUUGUCGACAUGCCCUUAAAUUCUAUUCCACCGACUACGACCCUGGAAAACUUGAAAACCAAAGCAUCUGCCGCUGAAGGAAAUGUCUUUGUCGACGUUGGAUUCUGGGGAGGUGUCAUUGUCGGAAACGAUGAUUCACUUCGGGAUCUCGUAAAGGCUGGCGUAGUUGGUUUCAAAUGCUUCCUUUGUCCGAGUGGAGUUGACGAAUUUCCUAAUGUUGGGCCUGAAGACUUGGAAAAGGCCUUUGCAGCUUUAGAGGGUACUGGAUCUGUACUUGCGUUUCAUGCAGAACUUGAAGAUGAUGUUCCACCUACCAGAAAGAAAAUCAAAAAGAAAGACCCCGAAGAAUAUCAAACAUACCUUGAAUCAAGGCCUUCCAAAAUGGAACUAAACGCAGUCUCGUUAAUUAAAGAUUUUGUUGACAAAACUGACGUACGCGUGCACAUAGUUCACGUGUCCUCAUCUGAGGUGGUUCCUCUGCUGGUGGAGGCGCGGAAGACCCGCCUGGCGAAGGGACACGAGGCAUGGCGCGCCGGAGUCACCGCAGAAACUUGCCACCAUUACCUAACGUUCAGUGCCGAUCAGAUCCCAAAAGGAAGGAGCGAAUACAAGUGUGCACCUCCUAUUAGGGAUAAAAAUAACAAGGAAAAAUUGUGGGAAUAUUUAUUGGAAGACAAAUUGGACCUAGUCGUGUCUGAUCACUCACCUUGCACUCCAGAUCUAAAAUGUUCAAAUAAUUUAGAGGCUUGGGGUGGUAUUUCAUCAGUACAAUUUGGUUUGUCCCUGUUUUGGACAGCAGCAAGUAGCCGCGGCCUCGACCUGGCCUCGAUCAGUAAAUACAUGAGUUCAGGGCCAGCACAGCUGUGCGGCCUUCAAAAUCGCAAGGGAGCCCUGAGACCCGGCCUUGAUGCUGACCUCAUUUUCUUUGACCCUGAAGCGACCUUUACAGUCACAACUGAAAUAAUACGACACAAGAAUAAGUUAACUCCAUACAUCGGUAAAGAGUUAAAAGGUGUUGUAAAAGAAACCUACCUCCGGGGCCGUCUGAUCUACAAGGACGGGGAGGUAGUUGAGAAGCCUCAAGGAAAACUGUUGUUAAAUGAUAUCUGAAGCCAUAUCGGCGUUGGAAAGUGUUAAUUCUUAAAUGUUUAGAAAAUAUACAUAAAUUAGUGUAA